AUGGGUUCUCCCGGCAAACCCCCAAUUUUCGAUGGAACCGAUUAUGACUAUUGGAAGGUCAGGAGAUAUGAGGUCAAUAGCAAGGCGUACAACGCUCUUAUCGCUUGUCUCGCUCGUCCUGAGUUCGAUCGUGUCAGCGAUCUUCUCUCAGCCCGGGAGAUUUGGGCACGGUUGGCCAAUUUCCAUGAGGGAACCAACCAUGUCAAGUCUAGGCUGUAUGAGACUCACCGGUGGGAAUAUGAGAACUUUACUCAGUUGCUGGGUGAGAGCAUCGACACCUUGUUCAGUCGUUUCCAAUCGAUUGUGAACAAGGUGCGUGCGAACCAGCCACAGGGCACCCAGACCUACUUCGAUCAUGAGAAGGCUAUGAAGCUUCUCUACGCUCUUGAUCGCAAGGUCUGGGAGGUGAAGGUCCAGACUAUCAUAGUCUGCUGGCUAUGA